ACUGCAGCAUCAGCACAGUACCAAAGUGCGCAGACGGCACCACACCACACCAGGCUAGAGCAGACCGGACCAGACCAGGCCAAGCGGCAACAGAGCCGCUUGAGGACUCGACGGAGGAAAGAAACAUCGUUGCGAAGGCUGUCAUCCUCCUCGUUUGACUCCACGUGGAGGCCCGGCCCAGCCCAGCCCAGGUUGAGCUGAAUCAUUUCCAAUCCAGACGCACUGCCGGCGCUCUGUAAGAAAGAAGACCAGCGUGAGGGACGCAAAGACUCGCCAAAGCAGCGGGCCCCCAGUUGCGUGCACGUGUGAGCGAGGCCUCGGACGGGACGGCGAGCAAUGGCUCCCCGACAGCAGGUGGGCAGUAGGAGGCGGAGCUCUGGCUUCCUCCUCCUCCCCAUCCUCCUCUCCUUCGCGGUCCAGCCCAGCCGAGCAACCAUCCACUUUCCCUCCAACUUCAAGAAGCCUCCUGUUAUCACCACACAGCCCGAGUCUGUCACCGUCUUCAGCGUGGAAGAUCUCGUCAUGAUUUGCAAAGCUUCUGGAAACCCACCGCCCAUAUUCCGAUGGACGAAGGAUGGCGAGGAUUUCGACCCGGGCGCUGACCCGGAGCUGGAGGUGACGGAGCGCUUGGGUUCGUUUGCCUUCUACACCCUCAGCAACACGGUGGACUCCCUGAAGCAGUACCAGGGCAAAUACGUGUGCUACGCUUCCAACGAGCUCGGCACGGCCGUCUCCGACGAGGCCACACUCAAAACUGAUGUCCCACCGUCUCAGCAGAAAGAUAAAAAAGUCCAUGUGAAAUCUGAAGAGGGAAGCAGUAUUGUUCUCAAGUGCAACCCCCCGCAGAGCUCCAUGGAGCCCAUCAUUCACUGGAUGGACUGGCAGCUGCGUCACAUCCAACUGAGCGAGCGGGUGGUCGUGGGCAAGGAUGGUAACCUCUACUUUGCCCACCUGAAAACCACGGACAGCAGGAACGACUACACCUGCAAUGUCCAGUAUCUCGCAACUCGCACUAUCCUGGCAAAGGAACCUGUCACGCUGACCGUCAACCCCUCCAACUCAGUGGUGCGGAACCGAAGACCCCACAUGAUGAGACCUACUGGAAGCCACACCACUUACCAUGCACUCAGGGGCCAGACCAUCGAACUGGAGUGCAUCGUCCAAGGCUAUCCAACUCCAAAACUAUCAUGGGUCAGGAAGGACGGCGAGAUGUCCGAAUCCCGGACUUCCAAAGAAAUGUUCGACCGCCGUCUGCGCUUCGGCAAUAUCUCCGAGAGCGACGCCGGCGAGUACCAGUGUCUUGCUGAGAAUUCCCAAGGGAAGCUCGUACACACUUACACCCUGACGGUGGAAGCCGCUCCUUACUGGACCAAAGAAACGGCCAGUAUGUUAUACGCUCCCGGUGAGAACGUCAGACUCGACUGCCAGGCGGAGGGCAUCCCUACUCCAAUCAUCACUUGGACCAUCAACGGAAUCCCGCUCUCAUCGACUGACAAAGACUCCAGACGCACUGUGACGCCAAGCAGCUCUCUCGUCCUCAAGGACGUGAAUUUCGGAGACACUGCCAUCUACCAGUGCAAGGCCUCCAACAAGCACGGAGCUAUCCUGUCAAACAUCAACGUAUAUGUCAUUGAGCUGCCUCCACAAAUCCUGACCGAGGACGGCAACACGUACACGGUGACCGAAGGCCAGAAGGUUUUACUGGAGUGUGACAGCUUCGGAUCUCCUAAACCAAAAGUCACAUGGACCAGUGGCAGUGCCUCCUCCCUUCUGGCUGAUUCCAGAAUGAACCCUCUCACCACAGGGGGUCUGGAAAUCUUCAAUGUCACACAUGACGACGAGGGCUUCUACACGUGCUCGGUGCAGAACACCAAUCAGUCCAUCACUGCAGAGCUGGAGGUGCUCAACCGAACAGUGAUCCUGUCACCUCCGCAGGCUCUGAAGGUACAGCCUGGACAGACUGCCAUCUUCACCUGUCUCUCUCUUGUGGACCCCAAAUUGGCCUCUCCGCUUGUCCAGUGGAGAAAGAACGACCAGAAGCUGUUUGCAUCCGGCAAUGAUCUGAAAUACACAUUGGAAGGACCAGACUUGAUCAUCUCUGAUACCAAAGCUGACGACGAAGGCAACUACACGUGUCAGGUCAUCACAAAUCUGGACAUGGCCCAAGCGACCGGCACGCUCACUCUACACGAUCGUCCAGAUCCUCCUGGCCUUCUUCAACUUACGCAACCCAAAGGACGCGCAGUCAACCUCAGUUGGAUUCCUGGCUCUCAACACAACAGCCCCGUGAUAGAGUACGUGAUUGAGUUUGAGGAUCAGGUUUCAAACGAGCGAGGUUGGGAAGAGCUGAGCAGAAUACCGGGGGACAAGAACCACGCCAGUCUCUCUCUCUGGCCCUUCAUGUCGUACCGGUUCCGUGUCAUCGCCAUCAACGAGGUGGGCAAGAGUAAUCCCAGCAAGCCAUCUGAAAUCUACAACACAGCUGCUGAAGCACCAGACAAGAACCCCGAAGAUGUCAGAAGCGAGUCCACCGACCCAGAUACGCUCGUCAUCACCUGGGAGGAAAUGGACAAACGGGACUUUAACGGACCUGACUUCAAGUACCGCAUCCUGUGGAGGCGGGUGGUGGGCAGCGGGCCCGACUGGCACCCCCACUACACGACUGAACCCCCGUUAGUUAUCAGCAAGAUCGGCAACUUCUCCGCAUUUGAGAUCAAAGUACAGGCUGUCAAUGAAAAGGGGGAGGGGCCUGAGCCCGAUCCCGUCAUUGGCUACUCGGGCGAGAACAUUCCACUGGAGGCCCCCAUGAAUGUGGGCAUUGCCACCCUGAACAGCACCGCCAUCAGGGUGACCUGGGCCGCAAUCGACAGAGAGACAGUCAGAGGACACCUGCUGGGCUACAAGAUUCACUUGAGUCGAUUCGGCUCCCGGGGUCACCACAGAGCUCGAAGGGCAAGGGAGCUAUCGACCACUGUCAUUGUGGAGACCGGGGCCAACGAGGAGAGGAAGGUGAUCAGCAAUCUCCGACCGUACUCCCGCUACGGCUUGACCGUCAGCGUGUUCAACAGCAAAGGAGAUGGGCCGCCAUCGGAGAUGAUGUCCUUCGAGACCGAAGAAGGAGUUCCACAUCCGCCAACCUCUCUGGCGUUGGACAGUCCAUCCGAGACAGAAAUGACUUUGCGAUGGACACCGCCAAGUCAGCCCAACGGGAUUCUUAUUGGGUACCACUUGCAGUACCAACAAAUCGUGGAGAGUGACGACAGCCCGAUGCAGAUGGAGAAAAUCGACGAUCCCACAAUCAGCCACCUCACCCUGAAGGGCCUGGAUCGCCAUAGCCAUUACCGCUUCUACCUGAAGGGGCGCACUGCGGCUGGAGAUGGAGAAGCCAUCAUGAGGGAAGGUGCCACCACUCUGGAUGGAGUGCCUCCUAUGAACAUCAGCGUGUCUCCUGGAGAGAACUUUGUGAAUAUAAGCUGGGUGGCCAAGAAGCGCCACAGGAACGUUCCAUUCCAGAUCCAAUAUUUCAAGAAGAACGAUGCUGCUCGGAAGAAGACCGAGAGGGUGGACUCCUCGCAGUCCUUCUACCAGCUCCAGGGUCUAAGACCUGGUUCUCAUUACCAUCUGCACUUCACCCACAGCAACGUCACCUUCUUUCAGGCAGAAAUUGACACCGAGGGAACCGGUGUGACUGAGAUGCAGCCCAGCAUUGCGACCCAGGGAUGGUUCAUCGGCCUGGUCAGCGCCAUCGUCUUGCUACUGCUCAUACUGCUCAUCCUCUGCUUUGUCCGGAGGAACAAAGGGGGAAAGUAUUCAGUGAAAGACAAAGAGGAAGGCCCGAUGGACUCAGAAGCUCGACCAAUGAAGGACGAGACCUUUGGCGAGUACAGCGAUCUGGAGGAGAAGCGCACUGCCAGCCAGCCGUCUUUGUGCGAGGAGAGCAAGCUGUGCAGUCAGGACAACCUGAACUUCAACGGCAGCAGCGUGUUGACCACCGAGAUCAACCUGGAUGAGUCGCUGGCCAGUCAGUUCAGCCGGGGGCCCAGCGAGGGCCAAGAGGUGCCCGAUAACUCCCCGCUCAACGGCGGCGCCGCCGCCAACGGCCUGCCCAACCAAGCCACCAUCCUCGAUUGACCAUCCGCGGAGAACCGUCAAGACCAAAACAUGUCAACACAUACGUGCCCGUACGCUCCCAUUCCCCGUUGAGUAGUGUGACGACGCAAUCGACGUAACUGCUGCUGGUGUCGUCUGAUGGACUGGACUGUUUUGACCAAAGGCAUGUCCAAAAAAAGUAUUGGACCCAUGGGACAUAAAUCCGACUAACCCUGACAUGGAGGAAUCGGUGAUCCUUCUUCGUCUGUGUAAUGUAUAACGUAAAUGAUUAACUUUCAUCUAUCAUCUUGAUAUCUGACCUCAAAACCUCUUCAUAAAAUGGCAAAGAAGAAUGUGCAGAUGAAAUAAUAAUAAUAAUAAUCGAAGGGGGCUGCGAACAGAACAGCUGCAGACUGGAAGGGAAGCGUGAUGGGACGCAGCUGUCGUGCUACAUUUUCGUCAUUUAUUAUUUUUUAUAAUGAUUUUACACAAUGUAAGUGCCAGUGAUUUUUUUUUUUUUUUUUGGGAUAAUUUUGUAUUCCAUUUUUAUGAGCUAAUCCCGUUUAUACGUCUAUAUUAGUCGUGCUCCGAUUGACCGGCCGGAAAAGCCCGUGAUCGGCAUACGGUAUGUCAAUCAAUGCCUUUCAACGAUAAAUCAACCUGCGUACAGUGCGGCGUCCCCUCCCCCUUUACCGACCAAACUCGUAAAAUAUGUUUGUGCGUUUUCUGCACUGGUAAUUUGAAAUAAUGUCGUGUUUUUGUAUGAGAAAAGAAUGAAAAUGUUGAUAUUUUUUUCCCCCUGAUUCAUCAUUUAAUUGAAAUAUAAUUGAUAGAAAAUAAUCGUUAGUGAGCAACUCUAAAAUUGCAAAAAAUGUGCAGCUAAUCAAUGUCAAUCGGUAUCGGAUUAUUAUAUAUAUAUAUAUAUAUAUAUAUAUAUAUAUAUAUAUAUAUAUAUAUAUAUAUAUAUAUAUAUAUAUAUAUAUAUAUAUAUAUAUAUAUAUAUAUAUAUAUAUAUCCUUAUGGACAUAUUUCACGGAUUUGAGAUAAUUUGUCGGAGCGCGUUGAAGUUACGAUUUCAUAUAGUUUCAUAUCAUGACUAACUAACACACUAACAAUGCAUAAAGAGGAACUUGCUGUGAAAACGCUGACUAGCAUCUGGUGUAUAUAUUUGCAUCGACAUGUAAUCUAUUUAGCCAUAUUCCAGUAUUCUAGCUCCUGGUCCUUUACGCGUUCCUGUGCCUGCUAGGUUUUGCAUUGAGCACCUGAUUGAUGUCAUGACUCCAUCAUCAAGUGGAAUGUUGUGAUGGGAGAUGAGCUUGUAAAUUUUGUGUCAAGAUUUGUGUUGCUUUCUGUCUGUUGUCUUUGUCUCUUUCUACACUGUCACGCUCCGUGUUUUGUUUGAGAGGUGCAGCGCAGCAGCGCUUGCCGAUGAAAGGGGCGGAGUCUUGCGGGUAAACGCCAUACAAUCAAUCAUGCAGUUUAAGAUUGGUGAACUGACUGGCAAUCUGCAGAUAAUCAAGGCAAGUAGGUGGUGUGGAAAUCACAUCUCGAGAAUGUAUUUUUUUAAAUUACAUUUCAGGCCAUCAAUUACUCAUACCCUGAUGACAUUUUGAAUAGAAUUUGGUGAAUUUUGAAAAUGCCACGUCAAGUGUCCCAAAAAAAGUGCGUUAAAAAAGAAUAAUUCUUAAAAAAAAAAAAAAAAAAAAUCAUUUUUAAUGUUUUUACAAAAAUCCCCAAUAAUUAAUGCUUUUUUUUUUCAAUGCAGGGCCUUGUUCCAACUUGAUAGAUUCAUAGUGGUCGGGCAUAUAUAUAAUUAAAAAUAAAAUCUAAAAAUAGAAUAAAAUUACAAAUAAAUAAAAUCUAAAUUUAACAAAACAGUAAUGUACUUCAAAAUUUUGCCAGGGUAUGAAUAACCGUGGGUGCAACGUAGCUCGGCUACGAUGGCUGCAGGAGAUUAUUGCAGGAUCUUAAAAUGUAAAUACAGUCCAUCCCUGAAAAGAACCCCAACCACAACCGCUUGAAAAUCUGCAGGUUUAAAAUUUCUUAGCAUCAUCUUAAAGCAAAACUGUCACUGUUCUUUGUAUCGUUGCUUUUGUUAUUGCCAUAUUAUUGUCGUAAAAAUUUGGCUGUUCUGCAAAUUAAAAGAAGGUCAAAUAAAAAAGGGGAAAAGUCUGUA